UGAGGAACGGCCACGAAAAGCUUCCAUGUUUUAAAACACGUUUACCACGCAGAGUUCUUCAUUAGCUUUUUCUACAGAAGUGUUUCUAGUCCGCGUGUACGCAUUAUUUAUGUGUUAUAUGUAUUUAUAAACUUGUCUCGUAAGUGUCACAAGUUGUCACCAUGAAGAUAGCAUUCAUUGCCACGUUAGCAGCGAUCGCUUCAACAGCAGCUGCCCUAUACGACAGCACUUCGGAUGUGGUUCAACUGUCCUCAGCAAAUUUCAAGAACAGAGUACUAGACAGUGAUGAACUUUGGAUUGUAGAGUUUUUUGCACCCUGGUGCGGCCAUUGUCAAGCCCUCGUAUCAGAAUACUCGAAAGCAGCUACUGCUCUUAAGGGCAUUGUUAAAGUUGGAGCAGUAGAUGCAGACAGUGAUAAAUCUCUGGGUGGCCAGUACGGUGUCCGAGGAUUCCCCACCAUCAAGAUAUUUGGAACUAACAAAAACAGUCCCGCCGACUACAAUGGGCCACGUACUGCGGAUGGAUUCGCGGCCUCCGCGCUGCAGGAACUCAGGAAAUUGGUGGACUCGCGCCUGGGCAAGAAGACCGGUGGUGGAGGAGGAUCAAAGUCUGAUGAUGUGGUGCAGCUCGAUGACACCAACUUCAAGGAGCUUGUCCUCGACAGUGAAGACUUGUGGCUAGUUGAGUUCUUCGCCCCCUGGUGUGGACACUGCAAGAAUUUGGCCCCACACUGGGCAAAGGCGGCCACUGAGCUCAAGGGACAGGUCAAGCUUGGUGCUGUGGAUGCCACUACUUACCAGGGCCUAGCCUCACAAUAUGGGGUACAAGGAUACCCCACGAUCAAGUACUUCCCGGCCGGUAAGAAGGACAAGAACUCCGCCGAAGAUUACAACGGUGGUAGGACCUCUGGGGACAUUGUGCAGUGGGCCCUCGAGAAGGUGGCCGAGAGUGCUCCGGCUCCAGAGCUCAAACAGAUCACAAAGGGCUCCGUUCUGGAAGAAACUUGCGAGGGCACCCAACUCUGUGUGGUGAGCAUCCUGCCACACAUCUACGACUGCCAGUCUGAGUGCCGCAACGGAUACCUGGACACGCUCCGGCAGUUGGGAGAAAAGUUCAAGCGCAACCGCUGGGGCUGGGUGUGGUCGGAGGCCAUGGCCCAGCCGCAGCUGGAAGAGGCCCUGGAGAUGGGAGGGUUUGGGUACCCGGCCAUGGCUGUUCUCAACACUCGCAAGAUGAAGUACUCUUUGCUCAAGGGCUCCUUCAGUUUUAAGGGCAUCAACGAGUUCUUGAGGGAAGUGUCCGUGGGUCGGGGAUCCAGUGUGCCCGUCAAAGGUGCAAAGCUUCCGGACAUUGUGGAAGUGGAGCCGUGGGAUGGCAAGGAUGCACCGCUUGAGCAGCCUGAAGACAUUGACCUUAGCGACGUGGAUUUGGAUUCCGAUGCAGAUGCAGAUGCAAAGCCUCACACAGAACUUUGAGUCUUCCAUUCUACUAGCCCGCCAUCUUCCAUUGUACAUUUUCAAGAGCCAUGUUGUUUAUGAGUCUACACCACAUUUUUUUACGUUAAGUUUUGUGUCAGCUGUCACCUGGUGUACUUUUCAGUAAAAAAUAAGUCAUCUUUUAAAAGUGAA